AUGGCAGCACCGAGUGCGCCUAGAGUCACAACGUCUCGUGUGAGCUAUCGGCCGGCUCCGUCUCCCUCUACAGGCACUUCACGCUGGUCUAAAGCUCGCUUGUACGAUUCAGAGGCGGCAAAUGAAGUACUCAGACCGUUGUCUGGCUCUAUUGGCGCACAUGCCAGUGGUCCACCUCGCAAGCGGAGACGUCUGCAGUUCGGCGCUGCUGAUGAAGGCGCCAAUGAGCGGAUGAAUGACAUCAAGGAGCUAGCGGAGCGAACACACGCCUCGACCCAUCUUGCCCAGAGAUCAGACAGGCGCAAAGCCUCACAAGUCCAGAGCUUGGUAGAUCUGUCGUUGGACAAGCUAGGCAGGUCACUGCGAAAGGUGUUGAGGGCAUGCGCAGAUGAAGAGAACGAUGACCUUGCAAAGAGCGUACUGCGCGCCAUCGCCGACUUGCCCAACAACUUUUCCGAACGAUUGCUGCAGAUCACGCUGGAGCAUGAUCCAAGCUGCCUGUCUGCUGGCGUGCUGGGCAAGCUCUUCUUGCGCGUGCAUACAGAACGGGUCGAUCUGCUGGGGACCCGCGUCGGUGUCACACAUGAGAUCUUGAACAGGCUAGCUCAAUGCUCACAGCUGCGACAGCUUUCGCUCGCAGACCAGACUGAGCUUACCGACUUUACUUUGGCGCCAUUACUGAAGGCGCUUCGGAAGCUCGAACGGCUGGAUUUGAGGCGAUGUGCCAAAGUGGGCGACAAGUCUAUCAUACAAGCCGCGCAAAGUUCUGGCCAGUCACUCGUCUAUCUGAACUUGAAUCAUACUGCCAUCACCAUCAAAAGCCUUGUUAGCAUCAUAUCACGGGGUGCGAAGCUCGAAACGCUCAAGCUCGAAAGUAUGUCGGGCUUCACGGACAGGAACAUCAGCGCGAUGAUGACGAAAGCGACCGAGCAUGCAGCUGCUUUUCGCCAUGCGCCUCCAUCCAACCUCAAGAACCUCAAAGUCAAGGGCACGGCUAUUGGCGACGUCGGCUUGGGGCAUCUGCUGUCAUUCUGUCCUUUGCUCGAGUCACUGGACAUCUCCAAUACGUCUAUCAGCGCACUUGAUCUGCUUUAUCGGGCCCUUACCGCAGGCAGUCACGGCUGGCAAUUGAGAUCUCUGAGUAUGUCGGUCAUACCAGUAUCGUCGAAUCUGCUGCGCGACUUCGCCAAGAAGCUGUCCAUUCUGUCAGAGCCAGCGCGGUCAAACCUCAGCAAGCUCAAAAUGGAUCGCCUGCUUGAGACGAGCCGGAUCGUGUCCACGAAUGUCGAAACAGGCGCUUUCGAAGCUAGUAUGGCUGCCAUCACUUCGCUCGCACCGCUCGACAAACUCGGCUUCGCGCAUCAGACGGUGCUCUUCAAUGACUCGACCAAGCCAAGCCAGCUUCUGAGCGCUUGUAAAGACGCGCAGCCGCAAUACCUGGACUUGUCGGGCUUGCCUCUGCCUGCGCAUGCCUUCGAAAGCUGGCAGUCUGACGAUGGCUCGCCUACCAUGCCUCGUCUGGAGCAUCUUCACCUGGACAAUUGCCAUAUCGACGAUGAAGUCCUUAUCAUCCUUGCCGCCAAUUGUCCGAAUCUGCGAUCUCUGCACAUGGACUCUGCGCGCAUCACGGAGUCUUGCUUGCGACAGGUGGUGGCCGAGAUGCCUUAUAUCGAUACGCUGAAUCUCAAAGGUUGCCGGAGCAUCACGCCUGCCAUCCUGAGACGCACGUUCUUUGCCACAUGA